CUUUUUUCAUUCACCUAAUUCUCCGUACUCCUUCGCUUUCCCAUCAAUUUCAAUCCUACUCAGUUCAGUGGUCACCAUCUUCGACCUCCAUAAAUAUGGCCUUCCUUCGACUCCUUCAUCCUCCCACUGCCGUUCAUUCUUCUCUAAUUACCCUCCUCCUUCUCCCGCUGCUUCCGCCCGCCAUGACUCUGCCGGAGCUUCCCUUCCACCGUGCCGCCGAUGGAGGCCCCGUCGUUCCGGUCACCAAUCUCGUCAAGUUCCUCGAGCGCCUUCAACUUGCGGCGCUCACCUCCUUCGGGAAACUGGAUUUUGACCUCAAAUACUACGUUGAUUUGUCGCUCAAGCACGAUUUGAAUUCCACGGAGCGCGCUUUCGAUGCCCUUCGGAGAUCCCCCAAUGGCUCCGUCCCGGUUGAGGAAUUGAAGACCUUCAUUCGGGAGUACUUCGGAAGUGCCGGAAAUGAUAUGGUGUAUUUGGAGCCGGCGGAUUUUGUCCCCCUCCCCAAAGGAUUUCUGCCCAAGGUGGAGAACGCGGAGGUCAGAGCUUGGGCUUUGGAUAUCCAUCGUCUCUGGAAGAAUCUCAGCCGUACAGCCUCCGAUGAUCUCCUAAAUCGCCCCGAUGACCACACUCUGCUCCCGUUGCCCAAACCCUGCGUCAUUCCGGGAUCAAGAUUCCGGGAAACUUACUACUGGGAUUCCUACUGGAUUAUCAGAGGUUUGUUAGCAAGUAAAAUGCAUGAUACUGCAAAGGGAAUUGUUAUCAAUCUCAUUUCAAUGAUAGAAAAGUUUGGCCAUGUUCUGAAUGGUGCCAGAGUUUAUUACACCAACAGAAGUCAGCCUCCCCUCUUGAGUUCCAUGGUUUAUGACAUAUACCUUAGGACACAGGAUUUAGAGUUUGUGAGGACUGCACUCCCAGCUUUGAUCAAAGAGCAUAAGUUUUGGAAUUCAGGAUUCCAUUCGAUUACUGUCCAGAAUGCUCCUACUGGAAAUCAUUCUUUAUGUAGGUAUUUUGCAAUGUGGAACGAACCGAGGCCUGAAUCUUCACUGUUGGAUGAGAAACUUGCUUCGAAGUUAGUAAAUAACCAUGAAAAGGAGCAUCUAUACCGAGAAAUUGCAUCGGCAGCUGAAUCUGGUUGGGAUUUCAGUACAAGAUGGAUGAGGGAUCCGACCGACUUAUCGACAUUGGCUACAACUUCAAUCUUGCCAGUUGAUCUCAAUGUAUUCAUACUCAAGAUGGAACUUGACAUUUCCAAUUUGGCAAGAGCUGUUGGAGAUUCUGGCACUGCAGAGCAGUUCUUGGAGGCUUCUUCAGUCCGAAAGAGGACAAUCGACUCUAUAUUCUGGAAUUCAGAGAAGGGACAAUGGCUUGAUUACUGGCUUGAUAAUAGCUCUUACGAGGGAGCCCACACAUGGGAUGCUCGUAACCAGAAUCAGGUCAUAUAUGCUUCAAACUUUAUUCCGUUGUGGAUCGAAUCGUUCUACUCCGACAGCAUUCGACUGAAGAAAGUCAUGAAAAGUUUACAAAAUUCGGGCUUGCUGUGCGAUUCUGGGAUCGCAACAUCAAUGAUCAAUUCAGGACAACAAUGGGAUUUCCCGAACGGUUGGGCGCCGAUUCAGCACAUGAUCGUUGAGGGACUGGUGAGAUCAGGAUCGAAAGAAGCAAGGGCAUUGGCGGAGGAUAUUGCCGUGAAAUGGCUCCGAACCAACUAUGUAGUUUACAAGAAGACAGGGUAUAUGCAUGAGAAAUAUGAUGUCGAAAAGUGUGGAGACUUUGGAACAGGAGGUGAAUAUAUCUCUCAGACUGGUUUUGGAUGGUCAAAUGGAGUUGUUUUGGCAUUCCUUGAAGAGUUUGGAUGGCCUGCAGAUCAAAACAUAGACUAAUUAAAUAGGGAAAAAGUAUAUAGAUUACAAUAAUAAAAAUACCCCAUAACUUUGCCUCUUUGCCUUGUUUACCCACGUACUCUUAUACUUUCAAAAGUUUCAAUACUAUCUCCGAUCUUUCAUUAUUAUUUCAAGAA